UGCAGGUUCAGUUUGGCAAGCUAGCCGGCUAGCUUUCCAGUUAAGAGACCUGUAGUAUUAACGAUUGAUUUUACCAGAAGAGUGAUGUUUACGGGGGGAGGCUGACCCUAUGAAUCGGUUUCCCCCCUGGAACUAACAGAUAUGGAGUCACUUUCAGAAGCAGAACUUUUGGAACGCAGGAAGGAGCACUGGAAGCUGCUGUCCAGCCUUAAGACCACUGUGGAGGGGUUGCUGUCGACCAACAACCCCAAUGUGUGGUCCAGAUAUGGCGGGCUGCAGAGGCUCCACAAGGACAUGAACAGCAUCCUGAGCCAUGGCCUCAAGUAUGAGCAGGUGUAUAACAAGCAGAGAGACUACUGGCGAUUUGUGUGGUGUGUCCGAUACAUCAGCCCUCACCUGGCGUCUCAUGUGGAACAGUUCAGUCAGCUGGACCCGGUGCUGAGCAGUGGCGUGCAGAUCCAGGGGGAGGGCUACAAGGCUGAGCGCUGGCUGCUGCACAGCCUCCAGGUCCACUCGCUCUCCAUCCAGCUGAAGCCCCUCCUCAAGCACGAGAGCAACACCCGCAAGUAUUACAACGAUGAGGCGUUUGUGCUGAGCGAGCCCCACGUGGCGGCCAUGUUCCAGUGCUUGGAGGCGGUGGAUCAGAACGACCCGCGCCUACUGGCACUCAUCGACACAGUCCGACUGUCUCACUUGAACGACUCCCCCUCGGUGGGUCUGCUGAAGAGCCAGAGCCUGUGUAUGCUGCCGGGAGCUAUGGGGAGCUGGAGGAGUUUCGAGGGGGGCCAGAACGGCCUCUCCCGCCGCAUGACCACCUCCCAGUGCUCCCUCCUCAGGGAGACGGGGCCGGUGGGUGGGGCACCCAUGGGACCGGCCGACAGCAUAUCAGGCGCUGCUCGUCGACAGACGGACGCUUCAGAGCGUGCCAGCGGUGCCCCGUGGGAGUGUGGUGGCAGCAGUGGCACCAGCGGAGAGCUAAACCAUCACCAUCAUCAGGGGCAGGGACAGCAGGGGCAGCAGUCGCAGCUCCCCAUGGUGGGGCAGCCCAGCUGCGUGCCUCGCAUCUCGCUGACCGAGCCUCCCGGUACUGCAGCGGCCGCCACUUCCACCUCCACCUCCCCCGCCCCCUCUUCCACAUCGGCUCUCCCUGGGGGGGAGCUCGGGGGCGGCCUUGGAGCAGGGGAGUCGCCCUCGUCCCAGGAGGCCUUGGAGGUGGACGACGGGCCGGAGUACCUGGCCAUCGGGAACCUGGGGCAGCGCAGCCGCCGCCGCGACUCGCAGGGCUCCACACGGAGUGCCGAGCAGGCGGCCGAGGGGGGAGCCGGAGCCGACAAGGCCGGCGGACUACAGGCUGGGGGAGAGGGCCAAGGACAUGGCGGCUCUGCUGUCUCUGGUGCCGCCGCUGCAGGUGCUGCGCAGCAAAGACGAUGCUCCUUCUCCGAGGGUCAGAGGGGACCGGGACGGGGUCACAGCAGGGGUCACGUGCGGUCACUCUCCGACACGGGCGUCACGCAGAAGAGGAGGCUUGAGUCUACUGUUGAUGAUGGGAAGAACUAUGACCCCUUCUCCCCCCUCAGCAGUGACCGCAGCACUCCCAGCUCGCUCUACAUGGAGUCCAAUGGCUCCCAGUACAGCAGCGUCCCUGAUGGCAUGUUCCGGAAGCCGUCGGAGGGCCAGAGCCUCAUCAGCUACCUCUCGGAGCAGGACUUCGGCAGCUGCGCUGACUUGGAGAAGGAGAACGCCCACUUCAGCAUAUCUGAGUCCCUGAUCGCGGCCAUCGAGCUGAUGAAGUGCAACAUGCGCUGGCAGCAGGAGGCCGAUGAGGAGGGCGACAGCGACAGCGAGAUCCAACAGCUGAAGCAGAAAAUCCGCCUGCGCAGGCAGGCAAUACGGCGCAGCCGCCACCAGCCCAACUGCCCCUCCAGCAAUGCAUUCCAUUCCACAGACAGCGGCGGGUCCCGGCGGAGCUCCCAGGAUUCCGUUCACCUGUCGGACUCCGGCUCUGCAGGGGAGGUGGAAGAGUGUGAGCUUAGAGAUGGCUGUGGGGGUGAGUCGCUGAUGGUGGUUUCUCAGAGUGGCCUAUCGCUGUCGCUCGCUUCCCUCUUCUCAGAUGCAGACAUCAAGAGGAGCAUGAGCAGCAGAUCCUUCCUCAGCUCAGAGUCCAUUGCCCCUCCUUCCCAAAGAUCCCCCAGUUUCCUGCAGUCUAACUCAGCAGAGUCUGUGGCCAUGGGGCUCCUGCGCCAGUUUGAAGGCAUGCAGCUACCAGCCGCCUCCGAACUGGACUGGCUGGUGCCUGAGGACGAUGCCCCACAGAAACUCCUUCCCAUACCUGACUCCUUGCCCAUCUCCCCUGAUGACGGAGAGCACGCGGACAUCUAUAAACUACGCAUACGGGUCAGAGGAAACCUGGAAUGGGCUCCCCCACGACCGCAGAUCAUUUUCAACAUCCAUCCUGCUCCCAAGAGGAAAGUUGUGGUGGCGAAGCAGAACUACAGAUGUGCCGGCUGUGGAACACGCAUUGACCCAGACUACAUCAAGAGGCUGCGCUACUGCGAGUACCUGGGCCGCUACUUCUGCCAGUGUUGCCAUGAGAACGCCCAGGCAGUGGUGCCGGGCCGCGUGCUGCGCAAGUGGGACUUCAGCAAGUACUACGUCAGCAACUUCGCCCGCGACCUGCUCAGCAAGAUCGCCGGGGACCCCCUCUUCAACCCCAACGACAUCAACAGCGGCCUUUACAAGAAGGUCAAAGCGCUGGAGGCUGUCAGGGUUCUGAGGGUUCAGCUGUUUCACAUGAAGAAUCUGUUUAAGACCUGUCGCUUCGCUAAAGAGCUGUUGGAUCAGUUUGACUCUGUUCCGGGUCACCUGACGGAGGACCUUCACCUGUUCUCUCUGAGUGAUCUGAGUGCGGUGCGCAGUGGGGACCUCGCCCCCAGGCUGAAGGAGCUGCUCCGCCAGGGGACCCUGCACGUAGCCAGCUGUGUGCUGUGCCAGGCGAAGGGCUUUGUCUGUGAGUUCUGUGGCAACGACAAAGACAUCAUCUUCCCCUUCGAGCUCAACAAGUGCGAGCGAUGCGAAGAGUGCAAAGCAUGCUACCACCGCGUGUGCUUCAAGGGUGCUAAGGAGUGCCCACGGUGCCAGCGUUUGGCGGAGAGGCGGGAGCGCAUGGCACGCCGCAACAUGGAGGAGCAGGAAGACUUGGAGGAGGAUGAGGGGGGCGGGGCCAGCUGACUUGUCACCGGGGCAACAGGUGCAAAGGGGGAGGUGUCUAGGCCACACGGCCAGGCAAGACUGUGCUAAAACUGGUAGAGGUAACUUGUGUGUAGUUGUAAACCUGCCAUUAAGGGAGCCUAUGCCUUUGUUUUCUUUGGUAAACGAAGGCUUACGGACUAUUCCUUUACAAGGUUUAUGACUGAUUGAAAUUAGUAAUCUGGGUUUUUCACUUUAGUCACAUUUGUGAUAUACAUGCCAUGACACACUCUCACCCCCUACCCCCUCUGCUUUUCAAUCUCUCUGAUUUGCUCCACCCAUCCCUCGCUACAUCUCCCUUUGGAAACAGUACUGUGUCCAACAAAGUGGCUUACUGGGCGAUAAUGCCAGAAUACUAUGAAUGUCAACUUCACUUUCCUUUCCUUUUUUAUGUGUAUAAGAUGUAAUAUAAAAGAUGGUAUAUAUGAUUUUAUGGCUUGUAAAUGCAAGUGUGCAUAUGCAGAAAUUCUGUUCUGCCUCCUUGAUUUAUGUUAAUUUUCUUUUUUUCUUUCUUUCUUAAGUUGAUUAAGUUUAAGUUGGGUCGAAUGCCGAAAAACCACUAAAAAGCACUGGAACUCCUUAAAUAGUAUAUAUUAUUAUUGUCGUCAAAAGAGCUUACUGAGAAUACGAUUGAAGACGUGUGUCCUCUCUAUUCACCCAGUCGGUUCCUCUGGCCUGCCCAGUAAACUGCAUUGUUUUCCCCUCCGAAUGCUUGUGCGGUCCAAUCACUGCCAGUCAUUUGGCAUAUUGAUUAGUCAAAGUGGGGGAAAACAAGCAAUUUCAUGGGCGGGUCCAAAGUUGCCGACUGAGUCUAUAGUCAGCGCUCCAGUAGUUUUCUCAUUUGCAGUGCUUAUGAAGGACUGGAAGAACUUGAAACCAAGCAGGUUCUUUGUUUGGUUAAAUUUCUAGCUAUUCUGGAGCAAUAUCAAGAUGUUUUUGGUCUGACAAUAUGUGUUGCAGGCAUUUUUGCCUGCUUGCGUGCUUGCGUGCGUGCGUGCGUGCGUGCGUGCGCACGUGCGUGAAUACAGUAGAAGCAGAUGCAGGCAUUUUUGCCUGUUUGGGUGGGUGCGUGCGUAAAUACAAUAGAAGCAUAUGCUUGAGAUAUGUUGUGCAUCAGUUGAAGAAGCCACACUCACAAAAAAAAACAGUUAAAUUCCUUCGUCCACAGUAAUACGGUGUGGCAGUUCUACUCUGGGUUCUGUUCUGCUUUUUCUUUACUUGGCGAGCAUGCUGCUCGCUUCUGUUUCUGUAGUGUGGCUCUAGCCCUUUAAACCAGCGCAGCUCCAACUGUACACGCUAAUGGUUAUCGCUGACAAUGAUGCUUCAAGCUGUCUGGCGUUUACGGGCCAACGCUGUGUAGGCUUUUAGACUUCUGACAAUACACACACACACACACUUUCUUUCUUCUCUCUUCUCUGAUUGUGUAACUUGAACUAACUUAAAAACUUGCUGCACUCAUACACACGCACAACGCUAAGCUCUGCCAGUGGUCCAGCUGCGUGCUUUUGUUGUGUGAAUCCUCCGUCAGUCACCAGCCGUAAGUGAAUUACCUGACUGCCCACGCGGGCAGCUCAGAGCCUCAACAAGGUAUUCCUUCCAAGUCGCCAUCUCACCUUAUUAACCAGAGGUCAGAUCUCAACUCCUCCUCCUCCUCCUCCUCACAGAGUCUGGCUUUGCUCUCGUCUACAGUAAGCGGCAGUAUAAACGCACCCUGUCAUGUGCUUCACCAUCCGCCUGUUAUGCUGGGGGAGGGGCAUUACAGUGACCCCUGUAGGCUACAGUACGUACAGCAAUAACAACAAUGUGCUUCUUUUUUCCCUCCUGUUGCCAACUGUUAAAAGCCCUAUUUGCACUGAUACAAGGUGAUGUGAAAGAGUGAGCGUAUGCGUGUGUGUAUGUGUCCUAGAGAGUGUGAGAGUGAGUUGGGUCAUGGCUGCUUAUGGAAUGUGUUUGUUAUUUUUUUUAGCUAUGGCAGUUAUUCAUUUUAUCCUGCUGAUGGCCACCCCAGUUGCACGGGGUUCUACUUGUGAACUGCCUUUUUAUACAGAGGCCUGUUGUAAGAUUUAAGUGCACUACUGAUGAUGAGGAUGUGUUUUACUAUUAAUAUUAUUAAAAUAAUAUUGUUGACAACGCA